CAGCUUUGUAAUGUUUUUCGAUCCCAUGAGAUGGAAAUUGACCAGUGCUUGCUGGAGUCCCUUCCCCUAGGCCAACGGCAACGACUGGUGAAACGCAUGCGCUGUGAACAAAUCAAAGCCUACUAUGAACGGGAGAAGGCUUUUCAGAAGCAGGAAGGAUUCCUGAAAAAGUUGAAGCAUGGAAAAAAUCAGAAAGUUCACUUUCACCUUGCUGACAUGAUACAAGAUGCAAUAAUCCAUCACAAUGACAAAGAAGUGCUUCGAUUACUGAAGGAGGGGGCUGAUCCUCACACUCCUGUUUCCUCCGGAGGUUCCUUACUCCAUCUGUGUGCUCGGUAUGAUAAUGCCUUUAUUACCGAGGUCCUGAUUGACAGAGGGGUCAACGUGAACCAGCAGGAUGAAGAUUUGUGGACCCCAAUGCACAUUGCCUGUGCUUGUGAUAACCCUGAGAUUGUUCUGCUGCUAGUAUUAGCCGGAGCUAACGUCCUUCUUCAAGAUGUUAAUGGAAACAUCCCUUUAGAUUAUGCUGUAGAAGGUACAGAGUCCAGCUGCAUCCUGUUGGCCUAUCUGGAUGAAAAUGGAGUGGAUCUCACCUCCCUGCGCCAGAUGAAACUUCAGAGACCACUGAGCAUGUUAACAGAUGUCAGACACUUCUUAUCAUCGGGAGGAAAUGUGAAUGAGAAAAAUGAUGAUGGAGUAACUCUGCUCCAUAUGGCAUGUGCUAGUGGCUACAAAGAGGUGGUGUCUCUCAUCUUAGAACAUGGUGGAGACCUCAACGUAGUAGAUAAUCAGUACUGGACCCCACUCCAUUUGGCUGCAAAAUAUGGCCAGACAACCCUGGUUAAGCUUCUUUUGAUGCAUCAGGCAAACCCACACCUUCUGAACUGCAAUGAAGAGAAACCUUCUGAUAUUGCUGCAUCUGAGUUUAUUGAGGAAAUGUUGUUAAAAGCUGAAGUUGCCUGGGAUGGAAAACUGCAAGGACCAUUGUCUGUCCUGACAGAAGCCCAGGAGGAACCGUAUGAAGAGAUCCUUCAUGAUCUUCCCACACUUUCUAGUAAGCUCAGUCCCCUGGUGUUACCAAUUGCCAAGCAAGACAGUUUGUUGGAGAAAGACAUUCUGUUCAGAGAAGCAACAAAAGGUCUGUGUAAGCAGCAGUCUCAGGAAAGUGCCCCGGAAACCAGCCCAAUGAAUGGCUCUGCCAAGCCCCAGCAGGUCAAGCUAAUGCCUCCUGCUCCAAAUGAUGACUUGGCAACCCUCAGCGAGCUCAAUGAUGGCAGCCUGCUGUAUGAAAUUCACAAGCGCUUUGGGAACAAUCAAAUAUAUACAUUUAUUGGGGACAUCCUUUUGCUUGUUAACCCAUUCAAGGAGCUUCCAAUGUAUUCUACCAUGGUAUCACAGCUUUACUUUAGCCACACGGGGAAGCUGUGUUCCUCUCUGCCACCUCACAUCUUCUCCUGCGCCGAGAGAGCCUUUCAGCAGCUUUUUCAGGAGCAACGGCCUCAGUGUUUCAUCAUCAGUGGUGAGAGAGGAUCUGGAAAAUCUGAAGCCAGCAAGCAAAUAAUGAGACACCUAACCUGUAGAUCUGGAUCCAGCCGGGGAAUAUUAGAUUCCAACUUUAAACAUGUCAUGUGUAUUUUAGAGGCCUUUGGACAUGCCAAGACGACUGUGAACAACGUAUCCAGUUGCUUCAUAAAGUAUUUUGAACUUCACUUCUGUGAGAGGAAAAAAUAUUUAACUGGAGCCAGAAUCUAUACAUAUAUGCUAGAGAAGUCUCGACUUGUUUCACAACCUCUUGGCCAGAGUAAUUUUCUCGUCUUCUAUUUGCUGAUGGAUGGAUUAUCUGCUGAGGAAAAGUAUGGACUUCACCUUAAUAAUUUAUCUACACACCGGUAUUUGGACCAGACCAUCCAGGAAGAUAUAUCAACAGCAGAGCACUCUCUGAACAGAGAGAAAUUAGCUGUUUUGAAACAAGCCCUGACUGUAGUUGGCUUCAGUAAUUUGGAGGUGGAGAAUCUGUUUCUGAUUCUAGCAGCAAUCCUUCACAUUGGAGAUAUUCGGUUCACAACUCUCACAGACGCCGACUCAACAUUUGUGUCUGACCUCCAGCUUCUGGAACAAGUAGCUGGGAUGUUACAAGUAUCUGCAGAUGAAUUAUUGUCUGCUUUAACAACUGAUAUUCAAUAUUUUAAAGGAGAUACCAUCAUUCGGCGACAUAGUAUAGAGAUUGCUGAAUUUUACCGGGAUCUCUUGGCCAAGUCGCUGUAUAGUCGCUUGUUUAGCUUUUUGGUGAAUACCAUGAAUUGUUGCCUUCACAAUCAAGAUGAGCAUAGCAGCAUGCAGACAUUGAAUAUUGGAAUAUUGGACAUCUUUGGUUUUGAAGAGUUCCAAAAGAAUGAAUUUGAACAACUUUGUGUCAACAUGACCAAUGAGAAGAUACACCACUAUAUCAAUGAAGUGCUUUUUCUACAAGAGCAAACAGACUGUGUACAAGAGGGAGUUACCAUGGAAACAGCAUAUUCUCCUGGUAACGAGACUGGAGUUUUGGAUUUUUUUUUCCAGAAACCUUCUGGAUUUCUAUCUGUAUUGGAUGAAGAAUGUCAAAUAAUUUGGUCCAUGGAAACAAACCUUCCAAAAAAGUUACAAAGUCUCCUGGAGUCCUCAAACAGAAAUGCAGUACAUUCUCCAGUUAAGGACGGGAACGGAAAUGUCACUCUCAAAGACCAAGGCACAGCCUUCACCAUUAUGCACUAUGCGGGAAGGGUAAUGUAUGAAAUUGUUGGAGCAAUUGAAAAAAAUAAAGACUCCCUUUCACAGAAUCUUCUAUUUGUAAUGAAAACUAGUGAAAAUGUUGUCAUCAAUCACUUGUUCCAGUCGAAGCUGUCACAAACAGGAUCCCUCAUAUCUUCUUAUCCUUCCUUUAAAUUCAGAGGAUAUAAAUCUGCCCUACUAAAUAAGAAAAGGACAUCUUCUUCAAUUAUUGGAGAGAACAAGAACUAUCUAGAGCUUAGUAAGUUAAUAAAAAGGAAAGGAACGGCGACAUUUCUUCAGAAACUGGAAUGGGGAGGUCCAGUCUCCAUAGCAUCACAAUUCAGGAAAUCUCUAACGGAUAUUAUUGGAAAACUUCAGAAGUGCACCCCACACUUCAUUCAUUGCAUCAAGCCCAAUAACUCAAGACUGCCAGAUACUUUUGAUAAUUUUUAUGUGUCUGCUCAGCUACAAUAUAUUGGAGUCUUAGAGAUGGUGAAGAUCAUUCGAUAUGGGUACCCUGUCCGCCUUCCCUUCACAGAUUUCUUGACAAGGUUCAAGCCACUGACUGAUACAUUCCUGGGUGAGAAGAAGAAACUGUCUGCUGAGGAGAAAUGUCGGCUUAUUCUCCAACAGUGUAAAUUACAAGGCUGGCAGAUGGGAGUCCGAAAAGUGUUUUUAAAAUACUGGCAAGCCGACCACCUCAAUGAUUUGUGCCUACAGCUGCAGAGAAAAAUUAUUACCUGCCAAAAAGUUAUAAGAGGAUUUCUAGCACGCCAGCACUUGCUUCAGAAAAUGAGCAUCAAACAGCAAGAGGUCACUUCCAUCAACAGCUUUCUACAAAACACAGAGGACAUGGGAUUGAAAACCUAUGAUGCGCUGGUCAUUCAGAAUGCUUCAGACAUUGCUCGGGAAAAUGACCGGCUCCGGAAUGAAAUGAGUGCCACUCCCCAUAGAGAAAAGUUAGAGGCCAGGAACAAACAAGAGGAAGGAACCAAAAGAGCUGAGGACAAGGGUGGACCCAGGCAUUUCCAUUCCAGCUCCAUCCCAGUUCCGAUAGCAAUGGACAGCCUGGUCCUGUGUCUGGCUGGAUCGUCUAUUAGGUCGCCUUCCCUCUACUCCGUGUUCAGCAUGGAUGACAACGCUGGCCUGCCAUCACCACGGAAACAGCCACCACCCAAGCCAAAGAGGGACCCCAGCACCAGGCUGAGUGCCUCUUAUGAGGCCGUGAGUGCCUGCUUGUCAGCAGCCACUAAAGAAGCAGCUAAUGAAGUUUUGACCCGUCCCAGGCCACACAGUGAUGACUACAGCACUAUGAAAAAGAUCCCUCCUCGAAAGCCAAAACGAAGCCCUAACACGAAGCUUAGUGGCUCCUAUGAAGAGAUAUCAGCCCCAAAGCCAGGAGAAGCCAAGGCCGGGCUGGCCACAUGUAAAGCAGGUCUCACCCCGGACCCCAUGGCCACAAACAGGGCUGUACCUGCCGAAGGGCCACACCAGGGCCCCCUGAACCUGGCCAUGUCUCGGGAGGAGGAGGACGAAACAGAACCAGUGUAUAUUGAGAUGGUAGGGAACGUCAUAAAGGCCAGCUGUGCCGAGGGGGACAGCCCAGACCAAGGGGAGUCGGUAUAUGAAGAGAUGAAGUACUUUUUGCCCGAAGUGAACAGCAAAAGCCUGGUCUCUUUCAUGGCUGCAUCACCCCCACUGCUGUUUGAGAGUCGAAAACCUGUCACCUUUGAGGAUGGGGAUAUCAGCUGCCAAGCAAGUGGAACUGCUAGAGACACUUGUGACAUUCCAGCCCCCUUCCCGAAUCUGCUUCCCCAUCGCCCCCCACUUCUGGUGUUUCCUCCCACCCCUGUGACAUGCUCUCCUGCCUCUGAUGAGUCACCUCUGACACCUCUGGAAGUGAAAAAACUACCUGUUCUGGAGACCAACCUAAAAUACCCUGUCCAAUCAGAAGGUUCAAGUCCUUUGUCUCCACAGUAUUCCAAAAACCAAAGAGGGGAGAGUGACAGACCUGCCUCCCCUGGCUUAACUCUAUUUAAUGGUUCAAACAAAAUGUCUCCUCCUUCAACCCCACCUCCUCCUCCUCCUCUGCCGCCUCCUUUGUCUCCUCCUGCUUCUUACCGGCCCUCAACACAUUUUACGUUCCCACCAGAGACCGUUUUGGUGACUACGGGAAAAGCAAUGGCAAGUUCGGAUUUGCCCAAAGUACAUGAAAAGCCAAACUCUGCUCCAGCGAGUGGUGCUUGCAGCACAUUCUCCAAGCUUCCGUAUUCCCCAGUCAAGGCGGCAAGAGCUGACCAUAGGAAAUCCAACUCCAACUCUUCCUCUCCAGCUCCCUACAGCCCUCCAAACUUGAGGCCUCUCACUAGUCCUCUUGAAGAGUUAGCUAGCCUUUUUAACUCCGGUAGGAGUGUGCUUCGGAAGUCUGCAGCCGGAAGAAAAAUUAGAGAGCCUGAAGGUUAUGAAACUAACAUGAACUUAACUAGCCAGGAGGAUCCUAGUGCAUCAGAAAUUACACCAGAGACUCAAGACAGAAAUGCAAAUAACCGUGGGAUUGAGUUAUCUAAUUCACUGUCUAGUUGUAUAACUGCAGAAAAUGGAAAUUCCAUCACAAAUGGUUUACCUGGAGAAGAGGGAAGGUCAAGGCAAUCAGUGAGUGGUAUAGCAACUUCAUCAUUUCAGAGGCAUCGGGAGAACCAGGCCACUCAGGUAAUCCAUCAACUGAGGCUUUCAGAGAACGAAAGUGUGGCUCUUCAGGAACUCCUGGACUGGAGGCGGAAGCUCUGUGAGGGAAGAGAAGACUGGCAACAAAUUCUGCAGCCCACUGAGCCCAGAGCCCCUCCCCCACCUCCUUGCAAAAAGCCCACUCUUCUGAAGAAGCCCGAAGGGGGCUCCUGCAAUAGGCUGCCUUCGGAGCUUUGGGACACCACCACUUGA